CGCCACUCGGCCAGUUCACGGCGUGUGAGAGCCAUCAGUCCCUGGGGUCCUUGCCCAGGUCUAACCACUCUCCUCGCCUCAUUGUUUCCCAUCUGUGAAAUGGAGCGCGGCGCUUGGAGGGCGCAGCAUGCACACGUGGCCUCUCUAGGGCAGAGGGGGGAGGGGAGGACUGCGAGGCGGGAGGUGUCGGUUCCCCAUUGGUCUGGGCCACCGGCAGUGCGCAAGCGCACAUGCACACGUGUGCCCAACCACAGCCAUGCUCACUGAGCUGACUCCGGAGACCAUGAAGCUGCCCCUGCCGCUGGUGCUGCUGUGGAGUGCCUGGGCGAUCCCAGGGGGCCUUGGGGACAGAGCCCCACUUUCAGCUACGGCCCCACAGCUAGACGAUGAGGAGAAAUACUCAGCCCACAUGCCUGCUCACAUGCGUUGCGAUGCCUGUAGAGCGGUGGCCUACCAGAUGUGGCAACAUUUGGCCAAAGCAGAGGCCAAGCUUCAUGUUCCAGACUCCAGGGGGCGGCUGGAGCUGACUGAGUCGGUUUACACAGACGUCCUGGACCAGAGCUGCUCCCAGGGCUGGCAAGACUACGGGGUCCGAGAAGUGAACCAGGUGAAACGUCUCAUGGGCCCAGGACUUGGCGAGGAGCCUCAACCAAGAAUCCACGUGGUGGUCACCGGGGGGCCCUGGCCCAGCAGGCUCUCCAAAACAUGCCUGCACUACCUGGGAGAGUUCGGAGAAGACCAGAUCUAUGAAACACACCACCAAGGCCUCGGGGCGCUGGAGGCCCUGCUGUGCGUGGGUCCCCGGGGCGUCUGCGUGGAGGAGGCGCGGGGCUCCCGGGAAGAGCCACGGGGCUCCCGGGAAGAGCUCUAG